ACAAUUGUGAAGUUUUCAGUCUUGCUCUGUGCUGGCUAAGGAACUGUGCUCAGAGCUAAGGAGCUAAGUUACUGCCAAAAUGUGCAAAGGACUUGCAGCUUUGCCUCAAUCAUGCCUGGAAAGGGCCAAGGAGAUAAAGAUCAAAUUGGGAAUCCUCCUUCAGAAGCCAGACGCGGCCACUGACCUUGUCAUUCCAUAUAAUGAGAAGCCAGAGAAACCAGCCAAGACCCAGAAACCCUCCCCAGAAGAGGCUCUGCAGUGGCGUGACUCCCUGGACAAGCUCCUGCAAAACAACUAUGGACUUGCCAGCUUCAAAAGUUUCCUGAAGUCUGAAUUCAGUGAGGAGAAUCUUGAGUUCUGGAUUGCCUGUGAGGACUACAAGAAGAUCAAAUCCCCUGCCAAGAUGGCUGAGAAGGCAAAGAAAAUUUAUGAAGAAUUCAUCCAAACAGAGGCCCCUAAAGAGGUGAAUAUUGAUCACUUCACAAAGGAUAUCACAAUGAAGAACCUGGUGGAACCCUCUCUGAGCAGCUUUGAUGUGGCACAGAAGAGAAUCCACGCCCUGAUGGAAAAGGAUUCACUGCCUCGCUUUGUGCGCUCUGAGUUUUAUCAGGAGUUGCUCAAGUAGUCAUUUAACUGGGCUAUGAGGCUCAUCCUGUGAGUUUUUCCUUCCACAGUAACACCUGCAUUUCCAGCAACCUGCACAUCUUCCCAUAGCAGCUUUGCUCAAAUCACCCAAACAGGGCAAGUCCCAGGGGCCACAGCUUGUACUUUUUACCCGUUAGCCAUUGUCUGAAUCCCUCCUGCCCCCAGGUUUUUCUGCCCCAUUCUUCAUAAGCCCUACUCAAUUUCUUUUUGUCAAACCCAAUCAGAUCACAGAAAAAAUUGCCAAGAGCAAGAAAAAUUACCUCAAGAAUGUGAUAUCAUUGAACGUGUAUUCAUUUGGUUUGGAUUUCUAUUUAAAUUGGCCUGUAAAAGAACAGAUAUAUGUGGGAAAACUAAUUUCUCAUGAGCUUAGUUGAUUUCACUCAUUUUAAUUCGAAUCCAGUGUCAGUUCUCUAUUUCUGGACUUGGUAAGUACAAGGUGUGAGAUUUUGAGGCAGCCACAAUUUUCCUUUUUAAGCAAGCACAUUGCUGUCCAUUUCAGUGGUCUCCUACCUAUCAUCAGAGGACUGUACACUAAGGUGUUUAAUAAUCUUAUGAUGCCAUCUGGUUUAGUAAAUGAUGAUUAUCUUCAAAAUAUCCGGUGAUUGUUAGAAACAUUAAUAUGAUUACAUCUUGAGGCCUUCAAAGUGAGAUAGGGCUUUAAGGUGUUCUGCAUUUUGCAAAAUAAUUUAGCCUUUUUGCAGUCCAUCUUUCCUUCCUAUUUUGCUCCCUGCAUUAAUGAGUUUAAUUAGGAUUGAAGUAUCCAUUUACAGCCAUUUAUGCCCAUGCACAGCGAUUGCUAGACCAAGUAUAUUUUUAGUAGAUUUAAGCUUUUAAUUCCAUAUCUCAUUAUAAGCCUUGCUAGAACUUUUAAUAAUCUCUAGUAGAUUUGAUUCAGUAAUGAUUAUAUAACUUAGUGAUAGAGAAUGAAAGCAAACAUGCAUGAGACUAAUGCAUUCAUUUAAAAAAUAUUUUCUAAAGAAUUAAUAAAAUUCUACAAUGUUUAAGUAGAGGCGCACAUUGUUCAGUCUUGUAUUUCCUCCUUUUGUCUCCCCUUUUCAUUCACACACCACUAGUGGCACAUGUUUGUAGUCCACUUACUCAGUUACUUCAUAAGAAUAUUGAAAGCAAAGCAGCUAUAUUAUUCUGUUCUUUCCAUAAACACUUCACUGAGUUUGUUGAGUAUUCUUUUGUUUGGUAAUUACAAGGAAUAAUAGGCCCUUCCUGAACACUUGCCAUUUCAUGUUUUGAAAAUGGUUGGAGUAAUCUGGUCUAUAGCCUACAAUUGCUAGUGUGGUAUGAGCUCAUUCAUAUUUGUCAGUAUCACUCCCUUUAAAGAAAGACCUUUAUCAAGCAGUUGACAGCUAGUCCAGAUCAGCAAAUGAAGUUGUGUACAGUGACUGCCAUUCAGUAAGAAAUUUCUGGAACCACCUUUCUCGGUGGGUAUCUACACUGCCCCGUCAAUGUAAAAUGGUCGGUACUUACUUCACUUUGUCAUUCACUUUCUAAAGCAGCUAGAAAAUUGAAGGGCCCAAGAAACUAGGUGGGUGGUAUUUUUCAUGAAUACCUAAAUAAUUUUUUAAAUUUAAUGAAAAAAAUUUAUUCACAUUAUUUGAAAUAGCCAAGUGUGUAAAAAUGUCUGGAGUACUAAGUAGGACUCACUUAGAUCGUUGAUGUUAAAAAAUUCUAACUGACUGUAUUACAGACUGCCUGCACACCCUGUGGUUGUGGGUAGACUUAGCAGUGGGAGGUAAGAAAGGCCUUCAUCAUUGUAUGAGCUACCAAGGAGGCUGUAGGCAGGAAAAGCACAAGGACAAUGCUACAAAGGCUAUUAGAAAUGAAAAGUUCCACCAAAAAGUAGUAUCUUUUAUAUAUAUAUGGCAUUGCACAGACACACAC